AAAUCACAUUAUACCCUUCAGUGACGUUACACACCAAAUAAAAAGCAUGCUCACAUUUGUUAUAACAUUAGUGGAUUGGUAAUACUAAGUGAUAGUGUGUCGAUAACAAUGAAGAAUUUCUCCGAGGCCAAAGUUGGAAGUUUCCUCUCCGGCCUCCUUUGUAACAGAAGAAAAAGGCCGUUUAAGACAGGCCCUAAUAAAAGGCCCAAUCCAACUUAUGCGUCCAAACCAAACCCAAUCCAAAUCCUACAACAUCUGUUUGUCAGUUUUGUGUUCCAGUAGAAAGUGUAAAACCCUAACUCACCACUCCCUUCUUCUUUCAUCGUCUCUGCGUAGUGUCUGUGGCUGAGCGGCACAUCCCCUCUCGUCAUCUCUGGACCUACGACAUUCAAUUUCUUAAGCCACAACCAACCAUGGCCGCGUACGACUACGAAGAUGCACCAGGGACCUACGACGAAACGUCAGCGACACAGCGCCAGGCGUCGUCCGGUGCCCCUCCAUCGCAAGACCUAGGGUACGACCCGAACUUCGUUCCGGACUCCGUCAAAUCUUUCGUCGUCCACCUCUACCGCCACAUCCGUGAGAAGAAUGUGUACGAGAUCCACCAGAUGUACGAGACGUCGUUUCAGACGCUUUCCGAUCGGCUCUUCAAGGACACGCCAUGGCCCUCCGUCGACGCAGUCGCCCACUACGUCGACAAUGACCACGUCUUCUGCCUCCUCUACCGCGAGAUGUGGUUCCGCCACCUGUACGCCAGGCUGUCACCGACGCUGAAGCAGAGAAUCGACUCUUGGGACAAUUACUGUAGCCUCUUCCAGGUCGUCCUCCACGGCGUCGUUAAUAUGCAGCUGCCCAACCAGUGGCUCUGGGACAUGGUCGACGAGUUCGUGUACCAGUUCCAGAGCUUUUGCCAGUACAGAGCUAAGAUGAAGAACAAGACUGAGCAGGAGAUUGCCCUUCUCAGACAGUUUGAUCAAGCCUGGAAUGUGUAUGGUGUGCUUAACUUUUUGCAAGCUCUGGUGGAGAAGUCCAUGAUCAUUCAGAUUCUCGAGCACGAGAAGGAAGGGCUUGAGCAGUUUACUGCUACAGAUGGGUAUGAUUAUAAUGGUGGGAGUAAUGUUUUGAAGGUGUUGGGGUAUUUCAGCAUGGUGGGAUUGCUUCGGGUACAUUGUCUCUUGGGUGAUUAUCAUACUGGCCUGAAAUGCUUGCAGCCCAUUGACAUUACCCAGCAAGGUGUUUACACAACUGUUAUUGGAAGCCACAUUACCACCAUUUAUCAUUAUGGUUUUGCUAAUCUUAUGUUGCGUAGGUACGUGGAGGCAAUUCGUGAAUUUAAUAAGAUUCUGUUGUACAUCUAUAAAACCAAGCAAUACCAUCAGAAGUCUCCACAGUAUGAGCAGAUACUAAAGAAGAAUGAGCAGAUGUAUGCCCUGUUGGCAAUUUCUCUUUCACUGUGUCCACAGGUGAAGCUUGUUGAGGAAACUGUGAACUCUCAGUUGCGUGAGAAGUAUGGUGAAAAGAUGAUCAGGAUGCAAAGAUACGAUGAUGAAGCAUUUGCUAUUUAUGAUGAACUCUUCUCGUAUGCAUGCCCUAAGUUUAUUACCCCAUCCCCUCCAAGUUUUGAGGAGCCUCUUGUUAAUUACAACCAGGAUGCUUAUAGACUUCAAUUGAAGCUGUUCCUUUAUGAAGUGAAGCAGCAACAGUUAUUAUCAGGCAUUCGGACCUUCUUAAAAGUAUAUUCAUCCAUCUCUCUUGCGAAGCUAGCAAGCUACAUGGAAGUGGAUGAAUCCAAGUUGAGGACUAUCUUGUUGACAUACAAGCACAAGACACAUGCUGUUGAUACUGACGGAAAAAUCAUUUCCAAUGCUGAUGUGGAUUUCUAUAUUGAUGAUGACUUGAUUUAUGUUGUCGAAUCAAAACCAGCAAAACGAUAUGGGGAUUACUUCUUGCGGCAAAUUGUGAAGCUUGAAGGGGUUAUCAAUGAUAUGGACAGGGUAAAGCUGGAUUGAGUCAUCCAUCCCUUUUUAGACUAGCUCUCUCCUGCAAUUUUUGCUCAUUUAGAUUCAUAUAAUGAUGUUUGGAGAUUCUUUUUCUUUCUAAUUACUCUGCUUCAUGUACCUGCCCCUUUGAAUUAGUGAAUGUGGUUAGCUCUUAAAAUCACAAUGUAAUUUUCACCU